GAGGCUUUGUCCAAACGCCACCAGAUCCUCCCCCGAUCCCUUUGCUGCUGGAAGAGACGCCAAGCGCCGGUGGAGAAGGUCUCACGAGACUGAAAGCAAAUCUCGCGAUUUUUAUUUGUUUAUUUAUUUUUGCCUAGCGACUGACAACAAGGCCGGUCGCUCCACGUCGAAGCCCCUCAAGUGGCCUGGCCUAAUACUGGAGUGAGACCCCGGCCCUAGGCUGGGGUUCUGUCCACAUAGAGGAGACGGAUUCAGAGGGGCUGCAGACCAAGACUGUUGAAAACCAGACAUAUGAUGAGCGUCUAGAGAUUAACGACUCUGAAGAGGUUGCAAGUAUUCAUACUCCAACCCCAAGACACAAGGAGUUUUUUUAUCAUCCUGAACAGAAACUACUCGUUCAACAAUAACUCUCCAUUCCCCUGUCCCUGGCAGCCCCUGGACUUCUUCAUUCCGCCCAUCUUCCUAACAAGACUAUGGCCGACAAUAGCGAUGAGUAUGAAGAGGAAAACAACAAGGAGAAGAAGAAGCCCUCGCAGCUGACACCUCAUCGGGGCUUCAGUGAAAAUGAUGAUGAUGAUGAUGAUGAUGAUGAUGACUCAUCUGAGACGGAUUCUGAUGAAGAUGAUGAUGAUGAAGAGCACGGGGCCCCUCUGGAAGGGGCCUAUGAUCCUACAGAUUAUGAGCAUUUGCCAGUUUCAGCUGAGAUUAAGGAGCUCUUCCAGUAUAUCAGCAGGUACACACCUCAGUUGAUUGACCUGGACCACAAACUGAAACCUUUCAUUCCUGAUUUUAUCCCUGCUGUUGGGGAUAUUGACGCAUUCUUAAAGGUCCCACGUCCUGAUGGAAAGCCUGACAACCUUGGCCUGUUGGUAUUGGAUGAGCCUUCUACAAAGCAGUCGGACCCCACAGUGCUCUCACUCUGGUUAACUGAGAAUUCCAAACAGCACAACAUCACACAACAUAUGAAAGUAAAGAGCCUAGAAGAUGCAGAGAAGAAUCCCAAAGCCAUUGACACAUGGAUCGAGAGCAUCUCGGAGUUACACCGUUCUAAGCCCCCUGCGACUGUGCACUAUCCCAGGCCCAUGCCUGAUAUUGACACGCUGAUGCAGGAAUGGUCCCCAGAGUUUGAAGAGCUUUUGGGCAAGGUGAGCCUGCCCACGGCAGAGAUUGACUGCAGCCUGGCGGAGUACAUUGACAUGAUCUGUGCCAUCCUAGACAUCCCUAUCUACAAGAGUCGGAUUCAGUCCCUGCACCUGCUCUUCUCCCUCUACUCGGAAUUCAAGAACUCACAGCAUUUUAAAGCUCUAGCUGAAGGCAAGAAAGCAUUCACCCCUCCAUCCAACUCCGCUUCCCAAGCUGGAGAUGCAGAGACAUUAACCUUCAGCUGAGACACCCCCAGGGUCUCUCUGCUCCCAGGCUGAGCUGCCGCCUCUGCCCUGGCUGAGGCGACACAGUCAUCAGCCAUGUGGCGACCGCGCCCGCACCACAGCCUGACUCGGACGCGGACGUCCUGCUGCCCUCUGUGCCAGAAAGUACUGCAUGUGUUCCUUAAAUGGCUUCUGCCUAUCUCCGGUUUUCCUCCCGUGGGAAUUAUGCACCGACACCACUGUGGGGACUUGAGUUAGAAGAAUAGAAGGACUGGAACGUCUGGGAUUCUGGGGUGCUCAGGUUGGGAGGAAAGCUUCAAAGAUGUUCUUUUUGAGACAGCGACGGAAUUCUUUUUUUCUUUCAUUCUUAACGUUAUUGGCAAAGAUUUGGCAAAUAAAAUGCUCUAUCUUCCA